UAAAACCAUAAAGGCAAAGAAAAAUAAAUAAAUAAAAUGGUCUCUUCUCAAUGUACACUAGUAUCGGACCAUUUAUGCAUUCUCUUUUUUUGCUUCUUACAGGCUAUCCAGAUCCUGAAUGGAGCAAUAAUUCUGUCUCUGGGUGUUUUUAUGGGUUCCUUACAAAACUUGCCCCAUCCAUCCAAUUACAUAUUUUUCUUGAUCGUUUAUACAGGCUAUCAGAUAUGGAGCGCUAUAUCUGUGAGUAUUCAAAUUUCACUGACCGUAGGUAAUUUCUUAGAUUCCACCGCUAGAAAUGUAUUUUGGCAAAUUUUCUCUCAAAUUUUAGGGGUGGCUUGGAGUAGAAAUAAGUCAUCCAUUAACAGUAAGAGAGUUGAGAUGGAAAGCAAUUUUGGGAUGAACAUCGCUAAUGCUACUGUUGCACUAGUUGGACUUGUUUUUCUCUCAAUCAAUUUAUUCGCUAAUGACCCAUUACUCAAGGAUUGUCAGUCUUCUCAGCAACAGGGCUUAUGCAUUUACAAAGAAGCUUCCUCAAGUGUAUGCCUUUAAAAAUUAGAGAAAGCCCACGCACAGCAACGAAGACCCAAUGCAGCAAAAAAUAAAUAAAUAAAAUUUUAAAAAUUAUGUGUAAUUAUAAAAUAUUUCGACAAUCUAAAAUGUAGAGAAAAUAUACAUCAGGUACCAUGCUGCCUUCACUUGAAUCUUGGUUCUGCCACUUAGUAGCCCUGUAAUGAAGGGACAAAUUAGAUAACCUCGUUGUGUUUCAAUUUUCUCAUCACUGAAAUGAGGAUAGUGGUAGUAUCAGUCUUAAAGGGUUGGUGUAAGGAUCACAUAAAUUAAUAUUUGAUGAGCAAUUAAAACUGCAUAUUAUGUACUACUACUGUUACAUUCCCCAGAGAGAUUACAUUUUUUAAAAAUUUUAUUCACAUCUUGCAUAAUGAAACUAACUUGAGAGAUUUACAAUUUUCUGUGGGAUUUUCAAAUAAUGACUCAUUGAAGUUUUGAAUGGCUUCACUUUUAAAUUUAUUUGAGUAUGGUAUUUUAAAAGGUAAGUUCUUUAAUAACCUUUUCAAAGUAUUUUUUGUUCAUGUUUAGGUGUUCUCCCUCUUCUGUGGUCAACUGAGAAAUUAAUAUUUUCCUCCAAAUUUGUCCAUUUUCCCCAUGAUGAUUUAUGAACUGUUAUUUACUGACUUACUCCUAAUCCUCCUGUUUGCUGAUACUACUCAUGCGAGUUUGUGUCCUCACAUUUUUUUUUUUUUUUUUUUUUUGCGGUACGCGGGCCUCUCACUGCUGU